UCUUCCAUCCAAAACCCCGUAAAAAACACUCCGCUACUUAAGAAGGUUCUAGGGUUUUGUUAUCCAUCUCCUUGCUCUACUGCUUAUACCAUUUUCCUUUUCAAACGCCUAAGUUUCUUCGGUUGCAUCAAACCCUCCUCCAACGUGUAAGCAGAGAAAUGGCAACAGCUCAGUUGACAGCAUCAACAAUCUCAGCAAAGGGGUUUGUAUCCUUUGAGGGCUUAAGGGCUUCUUCUAGCACAGUCAAAGCCUCUACUUUUGCACCUCUGAGGCAAAAUGGCCUUUCUACGAGGUCUUUCCGUGGCCUUGUUGUUAAAGCUGCCACUGUUGUUGCCCCUAAGUACACCUCACUGAAGCCCUUGGGUGAUAGAGUCUUGGUGAAGAUUAAGGUUCCAGAAGAGAAGUCUGUAGGUGGUAUCCUAUUGCCAACAAGUGCACAGACGAAACCUCAAGGAGGUGAGGUUGUAGCUGUUGGAGAGGGUCGCAUAAUUGGCAAGAGCAAGGUGGACAUCAGUGUCAAGACUGGGACCCAAAUUGUCUACUCCAAGUAUGCUGGGACAGAGGUCGAGUUUAAUGGAUCAAAUCAUCUUAUAUUGAAGGAAGAUGACAUUGUUGGUAUUCUUGAUACAGAUGACGUCAAGGACAUGAAGCCUCUGAAUGACAGAGUGCUGAUAAAGGUAGCUGAGGCUGAAGAGAAAACAGCCGGAGGCUUGUUGCUGACAGAGGCAACCAAGGAGAGGCCUUCCAUUGGCACAGUAAUAGCUGUCGGGCCUGGUCCUCUUGAUGAAGAAGGGAACAGGAAGGCAUUGUCAGUAUCCCCCGGAAAUACAGUGUUGUACUCCAAAUAUGCUGGUAAUGAUUUCAAGGGCAGUGAUGAUUCAGACUAUAUUGCAUUGAGGGCAUCGGAUGUGAUGGCUGUCCUCUCCUAGAUUGCCUAAUUGAAUAUGUAUGCAUUUUUGGUUUCAUCCGGAAAAUUUGAGCAAUUUUAAAUGUGAGGACAUGGAUGUAAUCACAUCAACAAAAAAUAUAUUUUUUUUUUAGCAAGCUAGUGAUUGUGUUAUCUGUGUCUAUUCUCUCCUUGUAGUUGGUUGAGUUGCUCUUUUUCAUCAUUGGGGUUCUGCAAUCACUUUUUGGCAAAUUGAGA